CAAGUAAUACAGAUACUCUAUUCUCCAGCUUAAGCUCUUUAGCGUUCGCGAAGAGUUCCAAGGCCUUUCAUAAGUUCGCGCGCAACAUCCGCAUUGACUACAAAAUAGCUAAAAUGUCUUCUGAGAUCCCCACAACCAGCCGGCAAGGUAGCGUGGUGCCCUUCACUCGCAUUGAGGGCUCCGACGCCUGGGUUGCGGCCGACUUCCCGAGCCUUGAGAAGGAAAUGUUUCACCUGACGCCCGAGCACAUCGCCGAGCUUGAUGCAGCCGUGGACAAGGUCAUUGCAAGCGGCAAGCCCCUGCAGGAUGUGUCCCUGGCUGAUGUCCACCUGCCCACGCUGUCGCUGCCGCUGAUUGAUGUGGGUCAGCAGGCUCAGCACGGCCGCGGCUGGUCGCUGCUGCGCGGCGUGCCCGUGCAGCGCUACAGCCGCCAGCAGCAGCUGACGGCCUGGUGGAUCCUGGGGCUGCACUGGGGCCGCGCCGUGCCCCAGAACGCCAAGGGCCACCUGAUCGGACACAUCAAGGACCUGGGUCGCGACCCCGCUGACCCCAACACUCGCCUCUACGCCACCAACGCCGCACAGCCCUGGCACAACGACGGCCCGGCAGACCUCGUUGGCCUGCUGUGCCUGUCUGACGGCGCCGAGGGCGGCGAGAGCGGCUGGUCGUCUUCCAUCUCCGUGCACAACGAGAUCCUGCGGACCGCGCCGCACCUGGCGCGCGUGCUGGCUGACUCGUGGUUCUUUGACCGCAAGGGCGAGGUGCCUGCGGGCAAGAAGCCUUUCUUCGAGAUCCCCGUGUUCAACUACCACAAGGGCUACCUGUCCGUCAACUACAGCGACAACUACUACCACCUCAGCCAGCGCCACGCCGAGGUGCCGCGCCUGGGACCCGACCACCACGCCGCCAUGGAGCUGUUCAACUCGCUGGCGUGCUCGCAGCAGCUGUCGCUGCGCCACAUCCUGCAGCCAGGGGACGUGCAGCUGCUCAGCAACCACACCUGCCUGCACUACCGCGGCGCGUUCAGGGACAGCCCCGAGCACACGCGGCACCUGCUGCGGCUGUGGGUGUCGCCGCCCGACGACCGCCCGCUGCCCGAGGUGUACAGCGAAAUCAUGGGCGGCAGUGUGGUGCCGGGCAAGCGCGGAGGCAUCUUCAUCCAGAACGCAGACCACAACCCCAUCCCGCUGGAGGCUGAGUAAACGCGCGCCUCCAAAUGACGCUAGCAGGAUGUGAUGCUUCGGCGUUGAUGCUUGAUCCGUAACUGUUAAGAACUUGGGGCGUGAGCUUGAUGACCACAUUGGUGUGACUCUUGACAGUAUGUGCGGCGUGUGGCAUAGGCAUAGGCCGGUGUGUUCCGUGGUAUGCGUGGCAGGUAGGACACAACUGACAACUGACAGCAGGCAAUUCAUACAUAAGCACUGUGGACACACGUUGCAAUGACAGGUCGGGCUAAGUGAGCAGCUAGCUACUUAUGGUUUGUACGAUAGCAAGUAGUGUUUUUGUACUUUAGGAACUGCGUAGGCGGUGGGCCAACUGAGUGGCGCUGGGGAGGGGUUAGUUGCAAUGCGCUGAUUUAGUUACUACGGAAACUCCACGCCGCAAAAUAAAGCUGCAGGCCGCCAGUGAGUACAGCAUACAUGCGGCGGUAUAUAUAGUUAGCAAAGAGACAACGGAUACAACGGAUGAUGGGUGCUGUGGCUGAACGCUAUAGCUAUUGACGUGCUUAACGAAACUAGCAGGGCUGAGUGAAGGGCGGCUGACGCCUGCGGCAUUGAAAUGCAUUGCACUGCGGUGCAGUGAGCUUGUAACAGGGCGUGAGCCAUACAUU